AUGGCUCGAACAGUCUUGGUAUUCUUGGAAUUUGCAAAAAUAAUUAGAAAAAUUAAUUUACAAGUUGGUGCUUACAAAUGGAAUCUGUAUGUAUUCCAGAAUGCUGCCAGCGAAGUGCUAGUGCAGGAUGACGAUUUCACGAAUUUUCUACAUAGCUUUAAUUGGACCGACGCCGAGCAAGGACGUCAAAAAGAGCUUUUAACAGUUAAUUGGGUUAUGGAACAUCAUGCAGGAUUUGGCUGGAUAACAAGAGUUUUGUACGGGACUGGAAGCAAAAAUUCAAGCGAUGAAAAUUGCUCUGAACAACAAAUUCCAUCUGAGAAAGCUGAAUUGAAGCAUGGUGAUAAUAACGAUGACAAUGAAAUUAAACAGCAUCACACUGGUCUCGAAAAGCCGAAAAAUGAAGGUUUGGUUCAGCAAGAAGUUGAAGAAGCUGGCCAAGAUUUAUUGAAACAGUGGAGAACAUUUAGCUUUUAA